AUGGUUCGGAACAAGUAUAGGGCAGAGCAAGUAGACGUCACCGAACAGGAGGUGAUGGAUAUCGCAUCCUUGUGCACAGCCAUGGGAGCCGUGGAUGUGAUGGAAAUCUACAGCCCAAAACGGUUUACGGAACACGCGCCGCGACUGGGCCUUUUGCCUGGAUAUGCGGUAGACUUGUGUGAGACCAAGCCCAACAGUGAAGAGCAUUGGGACCUGUCUAGAGAAGAAGACAGGAAAGAACUAGAAGAGCUGAUUGAUGCAGAAGAACCCCGGCUGUUGACCGGAGGCCCGCCGUGCGAAGCCUUCUCGAGGCUUCAAGCACUCAACCAGAAGCGGGUGUCACCAGAGGUGAGAAAGAAAAGAAGAGAGCAGGGAGAGCAACAUCUGCACUUGAGCAUUAAGAUGUACCGAAAGCAGAUGGAAAAGGGAAGGUACUUCCUACACGAGCAUCCGUGGAGCGCGGACUCAUGGUACGACGAGGAAGUCAAAGCCCUCGCAGAGGAUGAAAGAGUUUACGUGGUAAAAGGCCCCAUGUGUAAAUGGGAGAUGAAGGCCAACGACGUGGCAGGAAACGAAGGAUAUGUGAGAAAGGAAACCGGCUGGAUGACAAACAGUCCAGUGUUGGCCGAAAUCCUUCAGGGAGAGUGCAGCAACAAGCAGGGAGGACUGUGGCAUAGGCAUGUCCGCCUUAUAGGUGGAAUCGCCCGAGGUGCUGCGGUUUACCCGCCAAAGCUGGUAAAUGCUGUACUUAAAGGCUUGAAAGAACAAAUGGUUGAAGAUGGAAGCCUAAGCGCCGUAGAUGCGUAUGCGGCAGGACCAGUACCCGAGGAGCCCAGCAUGCCUGCUGGCAACUGGUACCAAUACUGGGACGACGUGAAUGGAGGGUACCUGGACUCCGAAGGAGUCCUCAAAGCUAGACAGCUGGAGAUGGAGUACAUCCACAAGCAAGGUGUGUGGAAGAGGGUACCUCUGGACCAGUGCAUUCAAGAAACAGGCAAGCAACCAAUCCCACUGAAGUGGGUAGACACGAACAAAGGGGAUCACACGAACCCCAACUUGAGGUCCAGACUGGUCGUGAAAGACAUCAAGGCCAGGAAGGGCCCCGAGGACCAGCUAGACCCAGCGAUGUUGUUUUCGGCUAUGCCCCCGCUAGAAGCGGUGCGCAUUCUUACGUCCAUGCUUAUGAGCAAACAACGCUCGAAGCACGGGAGGCCGUUACGACUUGGGAGCUGGGACAUCUCAAGAGCCCAUUUCUAUGGGACUCCAAAGAGAAACAUUUAUGUGAAGCUCCCAGAGGAAGAGGGAGCAGGAGAAGGAGAGUGUGGACUGCUAUUGAAGUCAAUGUACGGAACGCAAGACGCGCCAGCGAUAUGGCAGGACCACUACACUCAAACUCUGAUUCAAGCAGGAUGGAAGAGAGGAAGAAGCAAUGGUGCAGUCUUCUAUCACCCAGUGCUGGAUGCCCGUGUCUUAGUACACGGAGACGACUUUCUGUGCUUGGGUGACGAAGCAGCGCAGGAAGCACUAGACAAGACACUCCGAGAAGCCUACGAGCUGAAGCGCACAGGAGAGGUAGGAAUCGGAGUUGCAGGAAGCAACCAGAUCACUUUCCUCAAUCGGGUGAUACGGUUGGAGCAACACAGUGGGAGACCCUGCGCCGUGAUUGAAGCAGACUCGCGGCAUGCAGAACUCCUCAUCGAGGAGCUGGGUCUGAACAAUGGUAAGGGCGUAGAGACAGCGGAUGUUAAGAAGUCUGUGGAUCAACAAUUGCUGGAAGCUAAGGCAGCUGCACUUCCACCAGAGAUGGUGAAGCAGUAUAGGUCCUUGGUGAUGCGCGCAGCAUACUUGGCACAAGAUCGUGCAGACAUAGGCCAUGCGGUCAAGACACUGUCAAGAAAGAUGGUAAUGCCGACAGACGCUGACUGGGGCAACCUGAAGCGGUUGGCUCGUUAUCUCAAGCAGUACCCGUAUGCGAAGUGGUUUAUGAACAACAGCGAGAACCAACCAAGGGAGUCAGAAUACUACGCCUUAGUGAAGGCAGGUUCGACUGGACUUGGGAUCCAGUCCCUGUUAGAAGAUUGGAGCUGCGAGCUGGAGGUUGUCUUGGAGACGGACUCCAACGCAGCCAAAGGCCAAGGGAGCCGGAUAGGCCUGGGAAAAGCUCGCCACGUACAAACAGGGUACUUGUGGUUGCAAGAACGCGUGGCAGCAGACCACUUGAGGAUCCAUAAAGUGCUUGGGGAGAAGAACUGUUCAGAUAUCCUCACGAAGAGCGUAGGAGGACCAACGCUGAGGAAGCAUCUGAAGACACUCGGUGUUCAACUGAGCUCUGAAAAGAGCCGCGGGCACAAGGAACUCCUCUUGUAA